CCACCCUUUCCCACCUCCUCUUAAAUACCGGGACCGUGUUUUCCGUGGUCAGUACAACAGGACCCCUCUGACUUGGGUGUUCUUUUGCCCGUCUUGUUCGGCACGUUUUUUUUUUUGUGAGUGUUUUUGACGGGAUCCGAGCCCAGAAGAACAGACGAUGGGUUUUUUGGGACACCUGCGAGGAUUGUGGGCGCUCAUUAUCCUGCUCUUCUGCGUGCCCUCACACGGACAAUCCCCUCCCCUCCGGGGGACCACCUAUGUCCUGUUCCCUCCCGGGCAGCCGGUUAGCACCAACCUCGAGGCCAUCUGCAAGAGGGGGUUCCUCCGCCCACGAUACGAUCACAACGACCUCCCCAGUCCCGGGUACAGCUACCUGCGGCGCCAAGCCACAGGCGUCAACAGCCUGGAGUCGCUCUUCCAGGGCUGCUGCAAGAGCUAUGGGAGCCAGGAAGAUGCGCUCACCUUGAAAUGUGCACUGGGAGUGUGGGAAUCCGCGAUGUCGUCGUACUGCGAGCAGGAGUUCAUGGUGAAGACGCGGGCCUACCACUGCUGCACGAAAGAGGAGAUGUUCGGCUGCUUCGCUUUGUGGGCCCCCAAUCCCGCCUACCUGUACCCACCUCCCAAAAUACAAGAGUGAGUGCACUUACAGCUGAAUCCCUGAAUUGCCGUGCUUUAGCGCCGCCUGCAGGUCAUUUCCGGAGUAACGCAACCGUGGCUUCUGGAUUCACAGGCAGAAGACGACGCAUUCCUUUUACAGGCGAUUCCAGCGACACCUCUUACUAUGAACUGGGAUUAUCGGACUUAACUCACUUUUAAUAGUGUUAUAUAAUAGGUAUAACUAUAACCUAUAUGAAUAUGUCAUGACAGAAAGUCAUAAAGUAGAAAUUGAAUUAUUACAGGUAUUAAUUUUCAAAGAUUGAAAAGAAGCUCUCAAAUUUUAGUAUGCUGUUGCUUAUUUCGUUUUUUUCCAUUUAGCAUUUUCCUUUUUGGUCUAUGCAAAUGCAUUUCCAACGCGUCAAAAAAUAACACAGUGUGUAAAAUAUGCUUCACAAAUACCAUGUACUCUUAAUAGAUAUGAAAAUUAAAAUAUGUUGCAUACAACAGGAAA